AGGAGAACACAAGGGAAUUAAAGGAAUCAUGGUCUUUACUAAUGAAGAUUCCAAAAUCGAAGUUGAUAUUGAUAUGACUAACGGCUUGACCAAUACUUCCGGAAAGUAUCCUUAUCAUAUCCACGUAUCUCCAAUAAAUUCUACUGGCUCUUGUGAUUCAACAGGAGGUGCUGCAGUUCCAGGAUACGUAUGCAAUUCCACAACACCUGAAAAAUGUGAAGCUGGCGAUUUAAGUGGUAAACAUGGUGCGCUUCAAGGAACACCAAAUGGCGCUGUUUCUGUGAAGUAUUUUGAUGAUUUCAUUUCUUUGAAAGAUAACAAAACUGGGAUUAUUGGUCAUUCCAUCGUUAUUCACGACACUUAUACUCGGUGUCCUUAUGUCAAGCAAAUUCCGGGCCGAGGAUCACUUCCGAUCUACAUCGGAAUCAAAAUAACGUAA